CACAAACCUCCAGGUGAACGGCAUUCAAGGCCCAAUACUCCUGUCCUCCUAGGCCUCGCGCUGGACUUGCAUGUGUUGCGCUUUUGUUUCCAAUUCUGGUGGUUUGAACAUCCAUUUACGUUAGUGUACAUUAUCAGUUUUUCCCGUCCUACUCGAUUAUGAGGCGCUCAAGAGAGAGAGGUAGACCCACAUCUCCCAGAAGACUGACAGAGUACGAAGGCCAAACCAAUGGGCAUGGAGACCACUACCCAGACGAUGAGUCAGAUGCUCCUCCUAGCGAACCGUCUAGUUCUUCGUCCCUACUUAACGACCGAGUUUCGGCGAGUGAGCGGAUUGUGCCCUCUUCUGAGUCGAUGGAUGAGGUCGCGUCAUUCGGCCCGCAUUUCUCAGCGAAGCGACAUCUAUCCUGCGGCAAUCCACACUCGCGCAUCAAUCUCUCCAAUUUCACGUCUUGGAAGAACAGGAACAGGUUGAAGACGACGAAUGCUGCACUCGUGGUUUGUCUGAAUAUCGAUGUGGAUCCGCCUGAUAUCGUCAAGACUAAUCCGUGCGCGGUUCUUGAAUGCUGGGUCGAUCCGCAUAGCUUGCCCUCUAAUAAGGCGUUGGAAGCCAUCGGAAAUAAUUUGCACCAUCAGUUUGAAUGCCUCAGUCCCCGGAUCAAGUUCAAACCGUAUCUCGAUCCCUCAUACGAAGAGACUCAAAAGUUCUGUCAGAAUUUGCGAAAGGUGGCAAAGGACGACCGUUGUCUGUUCUACUACAAUGGCCAUGGUGUUCCAAAACCGACACCUAGUGGUGAAUUAUGGGUUUUCAACAGAAGCUAUUCGCAAUAUAUUCCGGUAUCACUCAUCGAAAUUCAGAACUGGCUUGGUUCGCCUUGUGUUUACAUCUGGGAUUGCUCGGCCGCGGGUAAUCUUCUAACUAACUUCAUCAAUUUCGCGGAGAAGAGAGAUGCUGACGCUAUGAUGAAACAUGGUGGGUAUCCCGACGGCAUGAUGCCCUUCAUGGAGUCUAUACAACUUGCUGCUUGCCUCGCUCACGAGCAACUUCCGAUGAAUCCCGAGCUCCCAGCAGAUCUUUUCACGUCCUGUCUGACUUCCCCGAUGGAUAUUGCCCUCCGUUGGCAUCUUAUUAGCCAGAAUCUGCCUGAUAAUAUCACGUACGAUAUGGUCCAGAGAAUUCCUGGAGAUCUCAAGGACCGUAGGACUCCACUGGGCGAACUGAACUGGAUAUUCGUUUCCAUCACAGAUACUAUCGCAUGGACUACUUUUUCGGAAGAUAUAUUCUACCGCCUAUUCCGGUCCGAUUCGUUCGUUGCUGUUCUCUUCCGCAAUUUCCUCCUUGCAGAACGCAUUAUGAAGAAUUACCACUGCACGCCUCAUACAUACCCGCCUUUACCUCCAACCAAUACCCACCCGAUGUGGUCACAAUGGGACUUAGCUGUUGAUGCUGUUUUGCGGCAACUUCCAGACCUCCUUGGUAACGAAGAAAAGAAUGGAGGCGUAGUAGCGGCGUCGAACUCGGAAGCCUCAUAUACUUAUAUUCCGAGCAGAUUUUUCGUAGAUCAGCUCACUGCCUUUGACCUUUGGAUCUCUCGUGGAGGUUCUGCUCUUACGAAGCGCGGUCCAGCAUCGUCGACUGUGGCAACAGCGGUGGAGGGCGUCGGCACAAUUGAUCAAGGCGAAGGAUUGGAGAACCUUGUGCCGCGUAAACCUCCAGAACAACUCCCUAUCGUCUUGCAGAAUAUUUUAUCUCAGCCGCAUAGACUACGCGUACUCUAUCUUUUAGCGAAAUUCGUAGACCUUGGCCCAUGGGCGGUGCACUUCGCACUGACGAUUGGAAUUUUCCCGUUUAUUGUUAAGCUCUUGCAAGCGCCAUCCAGGGAGCUCCGACCAGUGCUUCUUUUCAUUUGGGCGAGAAUAUUAGCUGUCGACCCGAGCUGCCAGACUGACUUAUAUGCGAAUCACGGAUACAAAUACUUUGCAAAUUCCCUCGCUCUCCCAGAUGACCCCUCUGGUACUAUUGCGAAUAGCGCGGAACACCGAGCGAUGUGCUGCUUUGUAUUAUCCGCUAUUGUUCGAGGCUUUCCGCAAGCUCAAAAUGCGUGUUGGCAAGAGCGAGUCUUUGAUAAUUGUUUCGAACGAUUGGAUGAGGAGGAUUUCUUGCCUAAGCAAUGGAUGGCGCUGUGCAUCGGUCAGAUGUGGGACGGUAACGAUGAUAUCAAGAUAUAUGGUGUGGACCGAGGUACACAGGACAAACUAAUUGGAAUGCUUUCUGAUCCAUCACCUGAGGUACGGGCUGCUGCUUUAUUUGCUUUGGGCACUUUCAUGGGAGCAUCUGGGUCAUCUGAUGCUAACAAGAGGGGAGGCGGCGGCACAGGAAGCAUGUAUCAUCUUGACGAGAGGACGCAUUUCCGGCUGGAAGUAGCAGUCGGAACCGGUGCAGCUCUCACCACGAGAGACGACGCAAGUCCAAUGGUUCGGAAAGAGCUUUUGAUCCUGCUUAGCUGUCUGGUCAAGGAAUGGCGAGGUUACUUUGUCGUCGUCGCUUGGCUAUACUGGGAAGAAGAGCGGAAACGCAUGGCAAGCCCCUAUACACGUUUCUCGCAUGGAGAGGAUAUAACGAAUUCGGCUAUUCAAGAAUGGCUCGAUAGCUUGGGCGAUGAUGAUGCCUAUCGUGAAGACAGUCGAGUUCUUAUGUCUUCAUUCUACACAAUUUAUGUAUUCCUUCUGGAACUGUCAGUCGAUCCGUAUCCUGAGGUCGCGGCAUAUGCCCAGACCAUUGUCGAUUAUAUCAUGGCCCUUCUCCUUGAGUCUCCUUUCACUCGGCUUGAUCAGGCGACCUUACAUUUUCCUCCACCCGCACGAGGGCAGCGGGCCAUGCAGGACGUACGACCGCGGUUGUCAUCCCAGCUAUCACCAUCUGCGGCGUCUUUCUCCCAAUCUGCGCGUAACCCAUUGACACGCAGUGAAUCCGCGACAAGUGCUAUAUCUUCUCAAAGCUCUACUCUGAUGAAGCGGACAGCAUCAAUCGCAAAUUCGUUGAAGAAUCUUGCUAACCAAUACGCAUUCCCUUCUUCUGGAGAUGAUACGGUUGGUUUGACCUCACAAGCGGGCCAGAAAAAUCGAUAUGACACCAUCGACUUGUCUUGUCCCCCAUCUCCCAAUCUUAACCACGCUGAGUAUGCCUCACCUUACCCGGUUGAAUCUCCGGAUACUGCCAGUCCGACCGUUACUACGGCUCAGAACGGGGGACAUUCACCAUGUGAUUUCCUGGCAUCCGAUGUAAUGGAGGCCCUUAUCGAGGAAGACAUGGAACGUCUUAGGAGUAGGCGUCGCAAGAAAACGCAGCAGAGGCAUUAUCAACAAUAUGCCCACAACUCCGAACCUUUGACUAGUCCAUCUGGUAGUACAUUCUCUCACGAUUCUGCGAGUAGUGCGGCAAGUAUCUUGCUUGGUCUCGGGACAGGCGCUGGCUUUAAAGACGUGCUUCCACUGAAGAGCCGAUUCUAUGAUUGGUGCUGCGAGUACUUUACGGAAACACAGAUGCGUCAACCAGAAGCACAAGAACCGGGAAGCAUACAGUAUAACGAGCAAAUGUGGAGGCAACAAAGGAACGAGAAACUCGAGGAAGAAACUCUAGCUCAGGCUGAUUUGGCUAGGCACUGCAAAUGGGAUAGACCAAUCACAAGCAUACCGCAUAACGGUCCUGUUUCUAAACUGGUCUUCCACGGCUACGACACACACCUCUUCGUCGCGAACGAUUCAAAUAUGAUCAGUGUAUACGAUUGGUCGCGUCGCGAGCGGCUGUUGCUCUUUAACAACGGCAAUCCUUCCGGAACGUCCAUUACUUGGUUAGGGUGCAUUAAUCAAGACGUUGGCGGUAUCAUUAUGUCUGGUUCUUCGGACGGAAUCAUUCACAUGUAUCGAAACUAUGAUACCACAUAUAAGGACAGGCCCUUGCAAAUGGUCACAUCGUUCCGAGCGCUCAGCAAUAUGAUACCCAUGAAGCGAGGGAGCGGAUUAGUUCUUGACUGGCAACAGAACCAAGGCGUAAUCAUUGCUGGAGGUGAUUCGAGAAGCAUUCGAUUAUGGGAUGCAAAUCGAGAGAUUGCGAGCUUGGAAUUCCUAACGCAAUCAGAGAGCCCAGUCACGUCUAUUGCUUCGGAUCCCAACUGCUCUUCAAUGUUUGCGGCAAGCUUUGCCGAUGGCAGCAUACAAGUUUAUGAUAAGCGUCUCGAUGAAGAAGAUGCUGUGGUAAGAUCAUACAGUGGACAUUCUGCAUGGGUGCAGGGUAUUCGUUGGCAGAAAGGUGCAGCGAGAGAUUUCCUAUCAGCAGGGGUGGAUGGCGAGGUGAAACUCUGGGAUAUGCGUCGAGGAAGGUCUUCCAUCGCUUCUUGGAACCUUUGUCGAGAUGGCCUAGCUAGUUUUGCCGUUCAUGAGCAAUGCUCCGUGUUUGCUGCGUUAUCCUCACUUUCCGCAACACGUUACCGUGAACAAAUGGCCUACAUCCAUUCACAUCACGCCCUUCCUCCCAACCAGCCUGUCCUCCUUUCCCGAUUCGCUGUCCCUUCGGGCUUGCAUUACCCUCCACAGCGGGACAUGUCAUCAAUUCCUCCUUCGAAUCUCGCUUUCCAUCCACACGAGAUGAUCUUAGGUGUCGGCGGUGUAGAAGGCACCAUCCGCCUAAUGGGCUGCAAGCUCGUUGAACAAGCCGAUCAAUCAUAUCGGGACUCGGUGUAUACACCAUCCACAACACAGAAUGGUGGUGCUGCUGGAUAUUUCUCGUCUGUUCAUUCUAUGACUCCGUGACUCUACUAUCUAUUCCGUGUUUUUUAUUUCACUUUCAUCAUUUUCUCUCCGCUUUGUACUAUCAGCUUGUUUUACUGUACGCUAUUUGUAUACCUUGUCUAAUUUCAACCACUAACUGUCACUUCUGCGUCACAAUAUACACAUUCGGGAACAAAAAUUAUUCGACAUGGUCGUUGAGUCAACUGACAAGAACAAAGACGGUACAGAACUUAGUACAUCUCUUGGUCGAACAGGGAUCAGCAUGGUAGCAAGACGAUACAUCAGCGACAAUUUCAAUGAAUGAGAGGUAUUCUUCAACUGAGUAACACGAGCGCACAAGAAUACUCGAAAAGAAAAGAAAACCGUUCAAGAGAAGUACAUAGUCGUCGUCGCUUUCUGGUGCAGCGGUUUGAAUUUGCUCUUGUACGACUCGAGGAUCGUAUUAAGCUGUUCGUCGCUUGUCUGUGUAUCGGUGUCCGAGAAGUUGAACCCGUCCGCAGCCUGAGGGUCGAAAUGGUUCUUGGCACGAGAACAGACAAUGUCGGCAUAGUAGACUGGAGCAGGGAUUGACACCGAGCGAGUCGAACGAGCAUAGACGUGACACAACGCGAAGGAUAGCUGCUGUAUUCCAUCCGGCGUAAACUGAUUCUCAUCCAGCAAAACAUUAUAGUGGGCCGGUCGACUAGUGCCAAGCAAACCUCCAUGGCUCUGAAGAUAGAAAUCAAAUUCCGCUGGGUUUGUGACGUCCCGAUCAACCACAGUGCCAGCAGGGCAGUUGCCGGAUUUGUCGGCCUCGCUUGGCGACAUAGGGAAGAAACGGACGUGGUGUCGCUUGCCAACAACGAUUACUGUAAUCUUCGGUGGUGGGUUGAUUCCCAACUGCUUGCAUGCCUCUCUCAACUUAGGCACCUCUAGAUCAAUGACUUGCUGGAAUUGACCUUCUGACACACCAUCACGGUAGAAUAUUAUCCGCUUCGGGUCGGCGUUGCUUUUCUUCUCAAUGAUUCGACGACGCUUGCGAUACAUGUCGAUAAUAUGCUUAGCCAUUUCCUCGAGAUCAUCAAUCAUCUCUCUACGAGAGGUCUGUACACGCAUUGUUGCGAUGUACAUGGCUGAAGUCGAAUCAACGUUUCCGACAACAGAAGUGAACGACGGCCGGCCUUCGGAGCCUGGUGCAGGGUGAAUAACAUCGGCGCCCAUGACAAUUGUUGGGUUGGUAUCAUCUGUCAAGUGAUUGACAGAGGCAGGAUCAGGAAUGGCAUUGAUUCCACCGAGUUUGACAUUUAUCUUUAGAGCAACAUUUGCAUAGUACUGUGGCUUUGCACGGAAGCAUUUACUUGACUUGAGGCACUGCGUUGCAACCCCAGUAACACAAUCACCAAAGUGUUUUAUGCUCGUGUAAAUGUCAGUCCCACCCUCAGGCAAGACAGCGACAAUGAGAGUGGGUAACUUCCCCUCUCGUUGGGCAAUAUGGCUUUUACCAGCCUCCCUGAGUUGGUCCAUGAUUCGGCCUUGUCCACUAUAAUAGAACACUGGUGGGUUUGUAUCCUGACACGCAAUUCCGACUUCACGAACACUCGCUAAAAGGCCUUGGAUCAUGUUUCUUGCAUUUUCCCUGGAGAAUCUUCGUUCCUGCUCGUAAACAACAACCAUCCAACCCGCAACAGCCGUGGGAUGAUAAAAUUGUUUGUCAAUCAUGUUCCAUGCCCCGUCCCGAGGUGUGAUCGUCUGUGUGCGGCUUCUCGCCCCAUAUUUCAAGGUCGGAGGGUUCAAAACACGGGCCUGCACUUUCAAAGGGCCAGGGUUUGGGUCCAUGUGCAUUCCGAAUUGACGAACGUAUUCCGACUGGCCAUAGCUGAGAACGCUCAGCCCGUUGCGGAUGCUUUGAAGGCGUUCAUUUGGGCGCUUUGUCGCAAACUCGAGGACCUGUUUCGUCUUCUCCGGAGGAACUUGCUUCCUCAUGAUUUGGCCCUCGGGUACCACGCAUAGCUCAAUCGGAAUGAGUGCACCAGAACCGACCUCAACGCAUGGCAAAUCGGGAUACUGAAGUGACCGUCCUAGUACCCGUUGGAAAUACUGAGCAACGCGCAUUGUACCGCCCUCACGAGUGUUGAACUGCAAAUCGCUUGCACUGGCAGGGGAGAUCUUCUUUACAACACGCGGUGUCCUCGAAGUACGACCUGAUUGGUCAGGGUAUGUUGUCAAGAUACGAAUUCCGGAUAUGAAGCGCUGCAGACGUAGACGCUCCCGCUCCGGAAACUUGUGCUUUGAGUCCGCCUUCAGGGUUAGGGCGUACGGUUUAUCUUGGCCAAGAUACUCUAGGCAAAGGUCGAGGAGUUUACCCGACUUGUACAUUGCGCCAGUCGAAAUAUCAACAUUUAUUAGCAUUUUCCCAACUGCUGGCCGAACCGACUGGAAAUAGCCCCUCCAUAGUUCAAUACCGAGACCAAUCUCCUGCUUUUCUUGAGAGGUGAAAAAUGACCGAACAUUAAAUGGGUACUUCUGCGUGGGCUCCAUUCGGAUAACCACGUUCAGCGCGGUGAUCGCAGUCAGGACGUCAUUGUCGUGACUCUGCUUGCCCUCUAGGAAGCGUUCCAGAACAACAGGAUUGAUCUCCGCAACCUUGUUCAGUUUAAUCUUGUACGUUUUUGGGCCCCUUGCAUCCGGUGAAGCCUGCAUGUCUGUUGUGCGAGUAUCGGCAAGAGAUACAUCAAACUCGCAAUUAUUCUCGCCGUUCGGAAAUUUCAAUGUGGUGGCCGCAAAGAGGUUUUUGCGCCCGUCGUAUACGGCCCUCGGAGUAAAGAUAUUUGGAGCGACGACCGUCUGUAGGUGAGUAAUGAGGUCCAUGUUGAGACGAGCAGGCAGGACUUUCUCAGAUGGCGUGAUGACUACAUCGUAGUGAGAGAUGACUCCCUGGGGAAUCGAUACGGCGAAAUGAUUGGUAUGAACAUAUCUGACCGUACCAGAAGUACCGUAUGCCGUGCGCUUUACGCCGAUGGUUGAUAUGUGCGAGCUCGCUGCAGGCGCAGCGCUACCUUGGGACGACGAGCUACUACGUAUGAUUGGGCCUCCUCGCGUUGGAGGACCUCCCCUACCUGGCGGACCUGCCCUACCUCGGGAGGAUGAAGAUGGUAUUCUAGGAGGCAUUCGAAAACGUACAGAGAGCUAACAGUAAGGGUGCAAGAGAGAGAGAAAGA